GCAUUGUGAGUAUAAAAGGCCGCUACGAUUUGCAUCGAUAUUAGUAUUAAACAGAGAUUAUUAGAAGUUGGAACAAUGAACUAUAAAAUUUACUACAUAUUCACGUUGGCCCUCUUCAACGCUGUUUUUCCUGCAACUUCAAGCUCAGAGUCCCUACUCAUUUCAUGUUAUGUCGGGGAUAUCGAAUGCAUGAAAAAAUCCACGGAGACUUUUCUAAAGCACACACGUGGAGGAAUACCGGCCGCAAACAUCCUACCUAAUGACCCUAUACACAUAUCAGCAGUGGACGCGCCAUUUGAGGUUGACGAUUUGGUGUACUUGAACAAAAAUGUUACUGUGUCGGGGAUGGCCAAUCAGAGGCUGGAAGAUCUUCAAAUGAACCUUGGAACUGGUUCGGUGGUGCUGACGACAUCAGGCGAUGUGUCCAUAGACGGGGAUAUGGUGCAGGUCUUCCGCAUCGUCGGCAAAAGCGUGGCAGGGCGUUUCAGGGCAUAUGGACGUGUAUUGUGCACAGCUUCUUACAGUUAUUCGUUUAAUCGGGACGGCAUGGGAGUGGAACAUUAUGUAGUCGGCCCCGAAACUAACUCUUGCGAUCUUAUCAGUAGUCCCGUACUUUCGUUCAUCUCUUCAUGCAAUGCUAAAUUUUGUCCAGUCGACAGGAAAGAUUUGUGGAAAAAGAAUGCCAGCAAAAUCGUCGAGCAGGCGUACGCUGUUCUCAUCCACAACAUCAGAGCGGCCGCCAAAGUCCUGCCUGCGACUGCCUUCUUUAAAAACCCCCAUGGGUUAUAAAUUAGGAUAUGUAUACAACAGUCUGCAAAUUUAUAAAUGAAAGGGCUAACCGCACAUUGAAUACUAAUUAUUAUAUAUUAUGUAUAUUGGAUUCAUUAUGGCAAGUUCUGACGUCUGGGCGUCUACAUGAUAAAAAUCUAUCCUAUGUUUAUUAUAUUUUAGACACAAAAUUAAGUUUUUAAUUCGAUUACACGAUUAUUUCGUUAUAUUA